UCAAUGACACUUCCUUGCGAUGAAAUGAAACCAUUGUACCAUCAACGUUGCCUUGGUUACACAGCUAAACACAAAGUAUUUUUCAAUUAUGACUACUGAUGAAGAAAAAUCGAAAUUAGCUAAACUUCUCCAAGGAAUAGAUAUUCCUGAUAUUAAAUUAUCAGAAAGAUGUUCAGAAUUAGUCAAUGAAAUCCAUAGUAAAUACGAGAAGGAAGUAGAAGAAGAAUCAAUGGAAGGUUUGGAUGAGGCCGCACAUGUGAAUCCUUAUAAAGUCGAUCGAAUACUCCUGGAUGAAAUUGAUAGAAAAAUACAUGAACUGAUGUUUGAAAACAAACGACUUAAAAGAAACAAUAAUUCAGAAAGUGACACGUUGCCUACUUCCGAUCCGAAGAGACCUUGGCGCACUCACUCUAGUAAAGAAAAACUAUUUCGUAUUGAUAGUGAACUUAAGAGACAUCAUGAAAAAGCCACAGAAUUAAUUACUCCAUUAGCUGACAGUGAUAUGAAAGAUUUAGUAAUGGAAUGCCAGAAGCAGACCUUUACUGCAUGUGCAGUUACAGCUGAUCGUCUUCGUGACACUGUAGAUUCAGCAAAGAAAAAUUUACCGAAUUUUCAAUAUAAAAAAAUUAACAAUACUACUGCCACUGCUAUUUUAGCACAUGCACAUGAUGUAACCGGCAGCGGUCAAUAUAUUCCACGACCGGAAACUCGGCAAUGUUUCCUUCGCAGUCUUGGCGAGCUGAAAAACUUGAGACUACUUGCCCUUGAAUAUUCUCAUAUUGCAGAUGGCACUGGUGGUGCCCUUUUGUCCCUUCUGCCUGUACUUAAACGUCCACAUUUUCGAUUACAGUUGAUAUGCCGCGAAGAUCAGACGCCUGGUCGCUUUGACCCUGCACUGGGUUGUAGCGGAUAUGAUAUUCCUGAUACAGCGUGGCAACGUGUUGCCAUCGCGUGCCCUGAUCUCUACUUAUUUAUGGCUUUUUUUCGUGUUCGUGACUACGACAAUGUCAGACGUUUCUUGUCGCCAAGUAUACCACUACGUGAGGUCCAUCUGCAAUUCGGCAUUGAUCUCAAAAUGGAGCGAAGGCAAAAUUCAGACAUUAGUUGCUUUAUUCAUUACAUAAGCUUUCGUUAUAGCAAUACACUGGUAACACUAAGCAUACACCAAUGGAGGUUCGUAGUAUUUCCUUUAAGAAGAAUAUUCGAAUUAUUGCCUAGAUUGGUACGGUUUUUUUACACUGGCAAAGUAGAAGACGAGAUUGAUUUAAGAAGAAUGUUGCAAACAAUAUCAUGUGGUGUAUGCGAUAAAUUGAAGCAAGUAACCAUUCACGUGCAGGAUGAAGAGUCGAAAAGGUCUUAUUGGAAAAUGGUUAUUAAUUCUAUCACGGAAGAUUUUGCUGCCAUUAUGCAGUUAUAUGAAAUUGAUUUUUGUAUUGUCACAUACAAAAUUUGA